AUGCUUUCAGCCUUUCAGCUUUUGACAGAAAUAAUUCAGAAUACAAAUCUCAGCAUUGCCUCUCUGUGCCGCUUGCGCCCCCUGCGCUCUGGGCUCAGCCCCUCAGUGCUGCAGACCCUCUCUCCACCCAGCCCAGGGGGCUCCUCUUGUGACUGCUGGAGAUCCCUGCUGUCUGAGCUCUCCCCACCACAGAGAGCUGCAGCGCUGGACUCACUCCGGCCCUUGAUGAACGGUUCUCAGAGCUGGCUCCCUCAGAUGAGCUGCCUGGUUCCGUUUGUGCCCCUGAAGGAGCUGGCACUGGAUGGAGCAGCAGUCCUUAGAAACAGCGCCCUCUACAGGCACCUGCCUUGGUCAACGCAACAGGUUCUGUUGAAUUCCUCCCCAACAGAGGGCGCUCACGUGGCUGACUACAAACAAUGUUCUCCUUUCUAUCUCAGGUUUGCUUCUCCCCUGAGAGCUCAAUUCCUUCUCAGGAAAACCCUUCAGUAUUCCAAUCUUACCAAGGAAACAGUUAUGACCCUGGGGAACAUCGCUGGCGGGCUGGGCUGUGAUUGGCUGUGGCUUUGGGCCAACGAUUCUGAUUUCACAGAGCUGCUCCGAUUCCUCAGCGACCUGCCAGGAGGGGUCCGGGCCAGUCUGAGAAAAUGUAUCAUUGAGGAAAUCCAGAAGAGACCAGUAAUAGAUCUUUACCAGCUGGCACCACAGUUCUCUGCAAACUUACCUGCAAGGAUGAUUGAGAGCCUGUCCAAUGCUACGCUGGCAUCCAUCUUAGAGCACAUCACCAAACACUUCCCUGAUUUCUUGAGGCUGCCGCCCCACAAGCAGAGCAUCCUGGCAGAGAAGGCCCGGCUCAUUCUGGGUGUCCCUGCGGAGGGAGGGAUCUCGGGGGUCUCUAUGGACCUGCUGGGGCCCCUCCUCCCCUUCCUGGACUUGGGCAUUCUGGGGGUGGUGCACCGUGAGGCCCUGCUGCUGCGCCUGGAUGAGGUGAAGGGGUACUGCCUGCCGCGGUGUGCCCUGCAAGAGAUUGGGCAGCUCCUGACGGAGAGGAGCAUGCUGGGAGAGAUGUCAGGCUGGACACUGGCACAGAUGGAGCAUGCUGGGAGACUGCUGUUCACACUAUCUCCUCAGGAGAUACACAGACUGCCCACGGUUGUGGUGAGCCCUGACUCUGUGGAGCAGGUUCUGGAUGCUGAGCGGCGCUGGAAGGUCAGUGAGGUGGGCCGGGCCUGCAUGACGAUGGACAGAGAGAGAGAAAAGAAGGAGAGUCUGGUCGCCAGGAUCGUCCACAGGGGAGGGAAGAACAAGAAAGAACUCAGUCCAAGCUGUUCAGAUAUAAAGGGGACGUUCCCAGCAGCCUGGAGCGCGGCUCAGCUGUCGGGAAUGUUGGAGCUGGAGCUGAGGGAGUGUGUGGAGACACUAGGGCAGGACCGGGAGCUGAGCUCGGAGCAGCGAAGGGCAGUGUGGGCCAGGUUCAAACAGAUUUACGGCCCAGUCAAAACCAUGAGGGCAGAACAGAUCCUGCAGCUCGGCUGCAUAGUUACCCAGCUGAGUGAGAGGGAGCUGCAGGAGCUGGACCUGUCAAACCUGGGGAUCCUGGCUUACCUGGGAGGGAUGGAGGAAUGGAGCCCUAAACAGAUGAGAGUGGCAGUGCUGCGCUUCCUGCGGCGCAGUGGCCAGACGGUCGAGCGCCUGGGUGUGACCGAGCUGGCCUCUCUCGGGUUCCUGCUCUGCGGAAUGACCCCGUCUGAAAUGAGCAGACUCGACCCCAGGUCUCUCAGUGCGGCGGCCCUGUUCCUAGGAGAGCUGCCCCUGCGUUGCUCGGAGCUGCAGUCCGAGACUCUGGCCACAAGGCUCAUGACCAUACAAGCCUUCGGACCAGUCAGCGAGUGGGGCCCAGAGGUCUUCACUGAAAUCGGGACCCUUGCAGCUGGUUUAUCGGACAUGGUGCUAUCCUCCCUGGUCAGAGAGCAGCUGGAGGGACUGACCCCAGCAGCCAUUGCACUCAUCAGCCCUAGCAAACUGGCAGUGGUGUUGAGCACAGCUCAACUGUCCUGGAUGACCCCCGAGCAGGCAGGAGCAGUGACCCCUGCGCAGUGGGCGGAGCUCAGCAGUGAUCAGAGCCAGGCUGUCGCCAUGACGCAGUACGAGGGAGAGCUAAUUCAGGACCCCCGGGGGAGGAACUUGGCCCUCACCCAACCCUCACCUGACAGCACUGCAGUGUGGCUCCUGGCUCUGGGCUCUAUUCUGUGUGCUCUGGUGUGAACUGGUUUGCAAGCACUUCGUUACUCGAUUCCACUUUCAUCUUCUUAGCUUUUCUGGGGGGGGGUUAGUGGGGGGGUGCAGUAAUACUGUUUAUAAUAAAAGAACUAAACCCACAACACUAUCUUGUUGUUAUGCUUUGGGUUACCUCUAAGGGGAAGGGGAACAACCCUUAAAUGCCCCGAAGGAAACACAAAACAAUGGUUUGAAAUCAGAGCUUACCAAAUGAAUAUGAAAAUGGUAAAUCUGAAAGGAAACAUUGCCAAAAAGGUAACAUUCCAUAUGUUGAAUUAAUUAUAUGCGAGGGAAGCAUCUCACAGGCCAUGUGACCCAAUGCUCACAGAGCUUUUCCAUGUUACCAUGGUGAUUCCCCAGCCUUGCUGUUUGCAAUGCUUUCAGAGUAAAUGAACCCAAAACUGGAAAUAAAAAGGA